GUACCUGCACAAGUUAACACACCUGGAUUUGCAGCUGUACCAGUAUGAAUUCUACUCUGUCUGGGUCUUUCUGAUGGUGAGGUGAUAAUCAAUCAUCUAUAAUUCUCCUCCCCCCCAGUCAUUUAGAAACAUUCAGAAAUAAACCGGAUGCAAACAUUUAACCCGAGCCGCGUCUUUCCCUCCUUGCUGCAGGUUUGCAACUGUGCGAUGCUGGUGGUUGGUGUCGUCCUCAACAGUCUGGCUCUGUUUGUUUUCUGCCGGACCUCCACUCGCUCCUCGGCCUCUGUGGUUUACACCAUAAACCUGGCAGUCGCUGACCUGCUGGUGGCGCUGUCGCUGCCCGCCCGCAUCGCCCUGUACCACAGCGGCGGCAGCUGCGUGGCCUGCUCUUACGUCCACACCUUCAGCUACUUUGUCAACAUGUACUGCAGCAUCCUGUUUCUCACCAGUAUCUGCGUGGACCGAUACCUCGCUGUCGUCCACGCCGCCAGCACUCUGCAUCGAUGGAGGACAACCGGAGCAGCCAAGUGCGUCAGCGCCGGCGUCUGGUUCAUAGCAGUUGUGGUGACCUACUCUUUCCAGACCAGCGCUUUAAAUUUCAACUCCUCCUGUGUGAGCCUCCCCACCCACUUCUACCUCACCGUCCUGGAGUUCCUCCUCCCCAUGCUGGCCGUGGUGGGGUUCACCGUCCGCGUCGCCUGCUUCCUCUCCUCACGCCGCGGACUGAUUCCUCGGCACAGCAGGGCCAGGAGGAGUCGCGCCGUCCGGCUUCUGGCCGCCGUCCUGGUGGUUUUCACCAUUUGCUUCACGCCGUUCCACCUCCGCCAGGUGCUGGUCUACUUCCAGGUGAGGCUGGCAGGAGGAAGCGACGGGCAGCGUGGGGCGGGACACGUGCUGGCCUAUCACCUCACGGUGAGCCUGAGCAGCCUCAACAGCUGCCUGGAUCCGGUGGUGUACUGCUUUGUGACCGACAGCUUCAGGGGGAUGUGGAGGACGAGGAGAAGGACGGCGGCGGGGAGAGACUUGAAGGUUUCAAGCGGCGCAGAAGGGGAGCAGACUUCAGUCAAGAAAUGUCCGGGUACGGCCCUGGCGAUAGCUCACAGCGUGGCCGCACUCACCCUGAGCAGCACAGUGGCCUCUGCAGCCGACGUGGACCGGUCGGCGUAGAGAGAUGGAGCAUUCCUCACCAGAACCCGGGGAGAAAAACUCAUCCAAACUCAAAGAGAGAUCAAGCGGACGUCAUAAUCACCAUGGUUACAUGUUUUUAGGCUCAUUCGACACUAAAUGGUGCUUAUUCUAGUAUCAGCCAUUAUUUCAAAUAAACACCAAAGUUCCCCAGACGUUCACCACAUUAAAACAGUACAAAUAGAGCAUUUUCAUGAGUUUAGAGAGCGUCUAAUUAGAUCAAAGAUUACUUUUAAAAUAAUGUAAGUUAUCUGCAAAUAUCUUAACUGAGGCUGGAGCAGGAGAAUAAAGGUUGAAGUUUGAAAGGAAACUCAGAACCCAUCUACAUUAACUGGCACUAAUCCAUAAGAAAAUCCAUCUUUUGUCAAAUCAGUAAGAAAAAAAACCACAUGGUAACAAUCAUAAAUAUAUGCCAAAUUAAAAUAGAUGUAAAAACACACAAAGCAUAAAAUUAUGGAAAUAAAGUAAGAAAAAAA